AUGCGGCUAGAUCACCGUGGUUCAAUCUUUUUCCAGUUUCUGUCGGACCAUUACCAAGCACAUGUUUACGAGUUCAGCAGCCUCGGGAAGGCUAAGAAGUACAGUCCUCGAAGCUGUUCCCAGACCACCAAGUCGAUUGGUUUCCUUAAGGCGGCGGACCAUGUUCAGACAAAUAUCGAGUAUCUUGUUCUUGGCACCGCCAUCCACGCCACCCCUCGCCCGCAGCCCCCUGAACGAGCCUCGCUGACCGCCUUUACGGAUAUGGAGCAUCCAACACCAGCUACCUAUCGCGAGCACCACCGUCCCCACGGUGGGAAAGGAAAAAAGCGAGAUGCUGAGUGGGGAGAUUUGCAGAAAGCCGUGCUGGUUAGUGCCUAUGAGGACCAUUGCAAGGACUUCAUCAACGCAGAGAUCGAAAAGCGAGCCAGUGUUCUGCAGAAGAUCAAGACAAAGACCAACAGCGACACACAAGCACUCAAGGAUAAGGAGCUGGCCGACCUCACAACGAGCUGGCUAGAGAGGACCAAGAGCCCUAUCAAUUUCAAGGACUUUGUAGCUGCUGCCAGAACAGACUUUCGGAGCCCACACCUGACGGAGGAUAUGGUGAGAAAAAAGAUUGGGAAGGGUCUCAUUGAUGUUUGGAGGCAAGUCGUCAAAGACCACCUCCAGCCUGGAUGGGGGCAGGUUAUGGAAAACGUCAUUGUCGGAUCCCAGUAUGUUGCCGACAGGGGUGGACGAACGCGCUUGGCGGCAGUCUCGCAUCUGCCAUCCAGCUCGGGACCAUCGUCCGGAUCGACAAGCAGCUUGCAGAAGAGAAUUGGACAGUCUGGAACAGGAGCUGAUGCUGGCUAUAUGGACGUGGACGAGGAGCAGGAUAACGAUGACGACGAGGAGGACCAAGACAGCGACGACAACGAGGACGGCUCGCACCAGUACCGAUCUAUCACAGUCACCCUCAACCAAGUACUCCGGCCCGACCUUAAGCAAGAACUCCAACAUGUUAUUGACGCCCUGGAUUCUCGACAGGACACGAUGACUGACCUGAUGUCAGAUGCUGCAGUUCUGGGGCAGAAGAUUGUCCUCUUGGCUGCAAGGCAAUUCGGUGUGGGCAACGCGGAAGAGUUCCCCUUGGGAGACCUUCUACCUGAUGGUUUCCGGCCCCGAGUUUCAGAUGUCACACUUUCAACUCAUCGAGUCCCGAUCGCACCUCUUGACGCAGAUAUUGUACGAUGGAUCGAGGAGCAGGAGGACCAGUCCAAGAAGGCAAAGGACCUUCGCAACAUUUUAUCAGCAGAGGCCUUUCGGUUCUUCAUCGCCAGGAAUUUGGGUGUCAAAUCUGGCCAGCAGGACGAAAACAACAACGACAAGGACAACAUAUCUAUGGAGCAUCCAUUUUGGCAGGACGUGUCGGACCAUGUGCGAGAGCUAUCGACAAGGCGCCCCUCUCUCCCCCCAAAAGACCACCCACUCCAUGGCCUCAUGCAGACCAUCAACGCCUUUACCAGAGAUCUUUCUCAGGAUUUUCAACAACUACUCAAUGACUCGAAGGAACGGGAGACUCGACUGGCUGUCUUGACGCAGGCUAUUCGGCAGAUGAUCACUAGCGAACCUACUCUGACGCAAGGCAACCGCCUAAAACCCCUCGAUGAAGAAUUUUCAAAGUCUAUCAAGCCAUCCACCACUGCGGCUUUGGAAGCAGAAUUGGAGGAUAUUUUGAUCGCAGGAAUCGCUGCAGACGAAGCCAACGAUUGGCUUGCUAAAGAAUAUCUUCAGCAUGAGGAAGACCGCCUAACCGCAUUGCUAGACAAGGAUUGUCAUGUUUCAUCCAAGGCAAAGCGAAUGAACGCCGAGACUCCUGCAGAUCGGAUUACGGGCCUUCACGCCGUUAUGAAGAUGUUGCUCCAGUCCCCCUCGCUCGAGAGACCAGUAGACGCGUGCUAUGUACAACGAGUGUGCAAAGGGAUCAAGCCUACAACCGCCGAGUGCACCACCGUCGCGACCUUAGUUAAUCUUCUCAGGCCGUUUGUUCCCAAACGUCGGCUGCCACGCUCGUCGAAAGACAUGAAGACCGAGGAGAGAGUCGGGGGCUAUACAUACAAGGCGGAGGCGCACAUGGCAUUGAGGGCACCGUUCCUAGUCUUGGCAAACGAGUUCUUCCGUGUUGCUGGCUAUCCAGGGUCAAUGCGAAAGUUGACUCCACAAAUCUCUCCAUCGUCUCGACAUGCCCUGUCACUCACGCGGUCCUCGCUCUCUGAGAUCCUAUACAGCAGCAAAGGAAACCAGUUUGACUACUACGACAACAACCACAAUAUCGUCAGGACUCGACCAACUAUUCAACAGAGAGCCAGACUGUUUUUCUCCUUGUUUAACCGACACGCCGUUGAGCGCCUCUGCAGCCAGUAUCAGAUGGAGUUCGCCUUUAGAAUGAUUUACAUUGACAACCUGAGAAUACGAAUCAUUGGCAGAUCCAUCGGUCAUGGCCAACAAGGUCGUGUAGGCUACCCGAUCGUCAGCUCGUUUGAUACUAGCCGCAAGGCCAAGAAGAAGAAGAGGUCUCCUGCCUCUAUCGACUGGGUCCAAGAGGUUCGAUACAUGGACGCAGAUACUGAGCUGGCGGAGGAAGAGUUUGCAAAGGCCGAGUUGAACCUGGAGGAGGCGGAGUCGACAUUGAAGGUACUGCGGUCUGAGCUAGAGCCAUUGCGGGAAGCAAAAGCCAAAUCCGCGCGGGACAAAAAGCGACUUGCUCGCCGCCGUCGACAGGGAGACAAAUCCGAAGGCCUUUUGGAACAGAUGACAGCGGCACGCCAUGACUUUCGUAGCAAGCAGGAUCUCUAUCAGUCCAAACUAAAACCGACUCUGCUGGCGGAAGAGGAAGUCAAGACUCUUCGAAGAUAUCGGUACUAUUGGAUGCGUCUACAACACUUCACCAAGGACACCAAACCGGAUCCAGAACCUGAACCGGACACGUCGAGCGAGUCUCUCAAGACUUGUCGAGAUCCAUCGUGGGAUAGGCCUGAACUCGAGGAUUACGCCGAGCAUAUCAAGCUUACUCAUCUGAAGCCACGAGACUCACGAACGAUAACGCUCGGUAGUUUUGAUCCGGGUAUUGCCAAGAUGUUACAAGGAUCCAGAAUGUCUCUACGCGACGUUGCUGCACGACUUAACAUCUAUCAAUUGCUCCAAAACGAGGACGUGGACACGAACGGCAAAGACGCUGAGAUGCUUGGUCAUCAUGACGGUCAAGACGUCAACAAAGCGGAUUGCGGCGACAGCUACAGCCACAGCCACAGCCAUAACAGCAACGCCACCGAGGACCAAGAUGAGGAUGCCGACAUUUUCAUUCCCCACCACUCGUCUACCGUCCAAGUCCCAGAGCCACCACCCGCCGCCACGGUUCCUCCUGCGAUCACCACAACGGCGAACCAAAUCAACCACUUGUCCUAUAUGAACAAGGCCGCAAGGAGACGAAACAGAAGAUUAACACCAGAGUGGAAAUCAGCGCACCAGGUCUCGAACAACUCCAUCACACACCUUCUUUCGAUUCCCGAACUCGACAAGAUCCAGAGCGAACGAAUGUCGACAAGAUCGGUUCUACGCAACUUUGAGAGGAACAAGACGACUGUGAAGGACCGUCGAACUCGGGAAAUAUUGACCAAGAGGACUUAUGCAGGGUUGGCGGCGAAUCAGCGGCGUUUCUUCCAAGAUGUUGACGCUACCGCAACGACCACAAUCACAAACACGCCAUCUCAUGGAGAACUUAGCAUCACACCCAACACCGAACCACUCAUCAUUGAUGGAUACUGCCAUGUGCCAGACUGCCAGCAGUACCACACGUCGUCUCACCCUUUUGGCAAUUACCAUCCGACCAAUAUCUGCCUCCUCGAGAAUCCCAAGCCGCUCCCCGUUAUUCUAUAUGGUGCAGCAGGGUCAGGAAAUCGGGACAAGAAUGCCGCGGCCUGUAUCGCUUUGUCAGGAUUCACAACUCUACUUGCCGACGACCACAAUCCGCUGCCUCCGUUCCGUCUCCGCACUCGCCCUCCUCGUCCAUCUCUCCAAGAAAACUCCCCAACCAAUAUUUUCUCCAACAGCACCAGUGUUACAUCUGGAUUGUUCAUUACCUCCAAUGUCACGGCGUGGAUCCGUGCCACAUUGGAUCUGUCCAUGAGGGCAGAGUAG